CUCGUGUACUGCCAUCACGUUUGCGGCCCGCGGCCCGUCAGCUCCCUAGCCAUUCACUCUCAACAACGUCUGUAAUUCUCCUGCCUGAAGGGACCUACCUACCUGUCUACCUACCUACCUACCUACCUACCUACCUACCUACCUACCUAUAUACCAAUCUCUCGAAGCUUGAUCCACCGACGUGUGUUGCUCCACGACCAACUUCCGACUUAUUGCGCCCUCUUUCAAUCCGAAUCGGCCAUUAUGAAUAUCCAACAGUACGAGGCCGAGAAGGCCGAGUUCCAGGAACAGCUGGAAGCGAUUCUGGCAGGCCUGCAGGAUGACCCCGAGAACGAGGAGCUGCUUGUGCUCAAGAGCGAGAUUGAGGAGGCGCUGGCCCUGUGCAACGAGCAGAUCGCCGAGCUCCGGCCGUCGCGACCGGCCCCGGCGCCCGCAGCCGCCUCCAAGCCGACGCCGCCGGAGCAACGGUCGGGCGCCGCCGCCGACGACGCAGCUCCUCACAAGUCAGGCCCCGCCCCACCCUCGGACGACAGGGAACCCCCCGAGGCGUCAUACCAGGUCAACGAUAACGUCAUGGCCAAGUGGGUGUCGGGCGACAAGGCCUUCUACGCGGCCCACAUCACGUCGGUCACGGGCUCCUCGACGGCGCGCAUCUACACGGUCAGGUUCAAGAGCUAUGAUACGGUCGAGACGCUGCGCGCCCGCGACAUCCGCCCCGUCGCCCCCUCGGGGUCGGCGUCGGCGGCCCAGAAGCGAAAGGCCGACGGCACCCCCGUCGCCACGCCAUCUGAGCCGCCCCACGCCGCCGCCGCACCCUUGGCCGGCGCACCGGCCCCGCAGCCCGUCGUGUCGAGGAACAACAACGGUGUCGUCCUCUCGGCCUCGGCGACCCGCUACGUACAGCAGCCCCAAGGAGGCGCGGGCGGCGGCAGCGGCGAGGGGUCCGAAGCGGCCGGGGCCGACGGGUCCAAGCCGGUUAAGAAGUUCAAGAAGAUCAAGGCGACCAAGGAGCUGGAGAAGGGCAAGUCCAACUGGCAGGACUUCAACAACAAGUCCAAGUUUGGCAAGUCGCAGAAGAAGGACAGCAUGUUCCGAACACCCGAGGGCGUCCAUGGACGGGUUGGAUUUACUGGAUCCGGCCAGGCUAUGCGCAAAGAUCCCAGCCGCAGCCGUCAUAUCUACCAACCAAAUGAGGACCUCGACUAAUUUGGAGCUUGUGAUCAGACGCUGCCUUGGCUGGCGAUAACUCGUCGGAGAUAUCCACACGAGAGAUCCGACAUCUCUUCGAGAAGACGGCGCCUCGACCUCCAGAUAUGACGAAGCGAUCCUCGGCCGUUGCUUCGAUUAUUGCUUGCUGCACGCGGCUUUGGACCUGUCAUCGGUGUUGGGCGUUUUUACGGGUUGGCGGGAUCGGGUUUGAUGUCUGGAAUGAUACACAUGGUAACGCGCAACCUCGAGUUCUUGGGACCGGCGGCUAACUUGAGAGCUAGGGCUGAGCGUGCCUCUUGGGGCCACGCCAGUUCUACAGCGCACGCGCUACGGCGCAUUGCUUUCCUUGGCGGGGGUCCUUGGUGAGAUUUAAAUGUCUUGACUCGCCCGUCUCCCAGGGAUCGGUAUCAAGACGUUCUUUUGCUUUUGCUUUUUUUUUUGCUUUUUUUUGUUUAUGAUAUUUUUGACAAGCGUGUUUAGACUUGCUAGUUG